UCACCGUUAUAGCUUCCCUUUUAGCAACCGCAGCAGCGAGGUAUAGCGCAGUGCUUCGCGAAGAUCGGGGAGUGGCGAGAGUCGACUGACUGCACGCAGUUGUCCGAGCGAAAGAGCUGUCUGAACAUGAGCGAAAAGGAGGAGAGAGGCGACGUUUUCUUUCGUGGAGUACUGCUGUACAAACCCGGAGCUCUGGCCACGUGUCAGAAAUGCAGGGCUGAGCUAAAGUUCGAGAGCAAGUCAGGAUUCAAGAGACUCGAGCUGUACCAUAUCCACGGCAACAGGAGAAUGCCAGGCUCUCCGUGGAUGACUAUUCCCCUCACUAAUGCUCUCGGUGUCACCAGCGGGAAACAGCAUACAAUCACACGGGCCAAAUACACGUUCAUGGUAGUGACCCCCAGAGAACGGUACCAGUUGAGUACUCUGACAGAGGAAGAGAAGAGCCAAUGGAUGGUCCACUUGGACCGGAUCCUCAACCGUUUCCCUGUCGACAACCGGACAUUUGAGUUCAACGUCAACGUAUCUCCCACCAACCACUCCGACAAGCUCCAGUUGACGGGGCAGUACAUCCUCAAGGUCUCCGAGACUGAACUCCACCUCUACUCUGCCUCGGGCACCAUCCACAGCAAGUUCUGGACACCUCUCGGGUGUGUCCGCAGCGCCACGUACUGCCUCCUCCCGGCCUCCAGCUGGCCGCCUCACAAACACCUACUCAUCAUCUAUACUGAAGGGUCUUCACCAAACGGUGAGGGUGGAUUUGCCUUUUUCACAGACAGUGCCAAAGACAUAGCAGCCACCAUCACACACCGGAAAGAGAUGAGAAUACAGGCACGAUCGGCAGCCGCUCUGCCUCCUCCUCCUCCGAUGGACGAAGAAGACGCUACAAAGUCCAGUCCUCGCCACCAGAGGCUCCAGAACAUAAUGUCAGAUCCUGUGAGUCCGUCUGCUGAGAUAGACCUCGAUUUCACGCCAGGCUCAGCGCCGGAGAGAGAGGUGACACUGAGAGACAGGGGGGAGCAAUCGUCGCUCCGCAAGUGUGCCCGGAGGAGUCGAGUGAUCCCCGUUAGCCACCAGCUGGAGAAGGCAAAGUCGCAGCUGAAGCUACAACUAGGGGAGGGUGGAGCAGAGCAACAGAAGGAGAAGCCAGACACUCCAUUGUUCACACCGGACGAGCCAACACACAUCGCCACAGACAAGCUGGCCAACUACCAGGAGAGGUUCCGGGAGUGGAAGAGAGUGCGAGACCAAAAAGAGAUGAGGAGCCGCACCUCACCAGGGGUGCUGUCACCUGACUCAGGCCCCCGGCAGAAACUGUGCAGCCCUGUAGACCGGCGCUCUACAAUAUCGACACCAACUUCCGACAGACCCACCUCCGACAUGUCUAGCCUCGACGGUGGCUACGUCACCAUCCAUCCUCGGUCUCACGGCGAGGAGGAAGAGAGCGGGGAGAGUGAGACGAGCCUAGGCCGUCUCCAGGGGUUACAGAGACAGGGCAAGAUCGACAUCCACUCGCCACAUGACGAACUCAAGGACACACCGCAGUUCAUACAAACCAGACCAAGGACCAACGCAAUCUCUUACGGCUCCCCUCCGCUAUCGUCCUCCCCCGAACGGCACUUGUGGUCCCCAGAUAGAGCCCUGACAAACAGAAGGAAGGGGGAGGAGUUUCAAUGCGACGAGAACACGUGUUGGCUCAAGCCUCGCGCUCCUCCGCUGAGCGCCACCCAGCAGAAAUCAGGCUCAGACCCUCAACUCAGCACACGAGUAGACGACGACCUUUUAGCCAGCGCAGAAUACCUCAAGGUUCUACCUCCCAACCAACGCUCCAAGAAGACCCCAAAGAAACCGAAACCGACUCCGCGCACACGCAAACCUGCAAACCUUCCGCUACCGCAAAGAACCUCCGUAUACACGAUGACUCCGCCCACUCCGACCUUGGCAGGGGGGCAGGUCCGAAACUUACCGAGCCCCAACCGUUCUCUCAACAGAGGUCUCGACGUGAGGACCUUACUCUCCAGUCAACGCUCGCUCUCAGAAUCAAACCUCUUUUCCAAUUUGUCCAACGAUUCUGAGGACGACUAUGUGGAUAUGAGCCACUACCAGAAACAGUGGGAGCGGACGCAACUCUACGUCAACUACAACGAGCUUCAUCCCGUCGUCCCCAGAGAGAUGAGUCUACAGCGAAAAGCGAUGCGGAGACAAGCAAGCAGCAGUUGUGGUAACCUCCCGGCAGCUGCGAUGGUCGAUGAACCUCAACCGCUCUACGAAAACGCCAAGUGCUGCACAGUCCUGUUUGGAGAGACGGAGGUUGCGUACGAGAAUGGUAGACAAGUCAUGGAGUACUUCAUGUACGGACAGGCCGGUGGAGGUAAUGACAGCGUUGAUCCAGGGGCAUCCUCGAAGAGCAGUCGUAGGAACGUGACUGGCCCUUGUAGCUACGGAGACAGUGGUCUGGGUAGCACGCCAAGCGGGUCUCCUCUUCUUACCAGCCAGCAACGCUCCUUCUCUCUCGACGACAUGAGACAGGUUGCUGGUGCACAGUUGACUGAUGAAGACCAGCUGGAAAUGACCGAGGAGCUCAAACCAGAGCGACCUCCGAAGCCGUGCAGAUGGCAGUUCCCAUGCUGUGUAAAGGUCAUCAGGGGUCAGCUAGGCCACGUCACUCACCAGAACAGCUACGAGAACCUCCCACUUAUCUUGUCAUCAUAAAUAGACUGUCUUUAUUGUGUGUUUUAGAGUAGCGUUUGAUGUGAGAUUUUUAUCAGUUAUGCACUUUAUUUUUAAAUGUUUGACAAUGGAAAUAACAUGUUAGCUAAAAUCA